AUGCUGCAAAAAACAUCAAUACAAAGAUUUUGUGAAUCCAAAUGGCUUCGAAAAGGGACUAACUAUCCAACUCGAGAUAAAUUAUUUAAAGAUUCAUUCCAGGAUGCUUAUAAAAGACUAAUAUCUCCUUUAAUAACUCGUGAAAUUAGAAAUAGUUUGAAUAAAAAAGCUGAAGACGCUUCAAUCCAAGUUUUUAGUAGUAAUUUAAAACAUUUAUUAAUGACACAACCUGUGAAAGGUUGCAAAAUAUUGGGUAUUGAUCCUGGUUUUUCAAAUGGUUGCAAAAUGGCUUUGAUAUCAGAGCUAGGAAAAGUAUUAGACACCGCUGUGAUAUAUCCACAUUCUGGAAAAACUGCACUCGCUGAAGCUACUGUUGCUAAUCUUAUGAAUAAAUAUAAUUGUUCACUCAUUGCUUUAGGAAAUGGUACCGCUUGCAGAGAAACCGAGCAGUUUUUGGGUAAGUUGAUUAACUCUGGACAGUUACCAAGAGGCACUAGAUACAGUAUAAUAAAUGAGAGAGGUGCUUCAAUAUAUUCUUGUAGUGAUGAAGCAAUUAAAGAGUUUCCAAGACUUGAUACAAAUCUUCGCAGUGCUGUUUAUAUAGCUCGUUGUCUACAAGACCCUUUAUGUGAAAUGGUUAAAAUCGAUCCUAAACAUCUGGGAGUAGGAAUGUACCAGCACGAUGUUUCUCAGAAGCUUCUUGCAUCAUCAUUACAUGAAGUUGUUAUAGAAUGUGUGAGUUUCGUAGGCGUUGAUAUAAAUACUGUUUCUCACACCUUGUUGAAACAAGUGGCAGGCAUAGGUAAUUCUAAGGCUGAAAAAAUAAUUAAAUUUCGUGAUAGAAAUGGACCAUUUCGAUCAAGAGAUGGUGUGAGAGAUGUGGCUGGUAUCGGGCCUAAAAGUUAUAUACAAUUUAUAGGAUUUAUAAGAGUCGUCAGUGAUACUAGUGGCUGUGAAACAAAUCCCUUGGAUAGAACUUGGAUUCAUCCAGAAAGCUAUCAUAUAGCUGAAAUAAUUGCAGAAAGAGCUAAAUUAUCAUUAAAAGACAUUGGAAAACAAACGUUUAUAGAAAACCUGAAAAGCUAUGCAAAAGUCUUCUCUGCUUCCAAAUUGGCUGCAGAACUCGUGGUUCCAGAAGCCCAAGUCAAUUGGGUAAUUGAAAGUUUAUCAAGAGACCCCAAUAAAGAUUAUAGAUGCGAUAGCAAGAGUAAUGAACCUUUGUUCAGAAAAAAUGUUACGAGCCUGGACGAUCUUAAAAUAGGAGAGACUUUAACAGGAAUUGUUGAAAAUGUUACUGAUUUUGGGGCUUUUGUGGACAUUGGUGUGGGGACUGCGGGACUUAUACAUGUUAGUAAUUUGAGAAAACAUCCUAACCCUAUUGAACUAGGAUACCGAGUUGAAGUUAAGAUUGUGAAUCUUGAAAUUGAAAGAAAACGAAUCGGUUUAGACUUGUUACAAGUAUUAUGA